AUGGGAACCAUUCAAAGCAUCCCCGGCCACGACUGUCUGCUGGCAGCCGUGGGGUAUGACGCGUCGCUUGUGACUUUUCGAACUGAUGCUUUCUUUGCGUCGCAUAUCCCGCUUUACAAUCUGAAUAUCCCCGUAUAUCCAGUCGUUCUCACGUAUCCCAAGACCACCGAUCAAGUGGCGGAUAUCGUCAGCUGUUCUGUCGACAAUGGGUACAAGGUUCAGGCACGCAGUGGAGGCCACAGCUAUGCAAACUAUGGUCUCGGAGGCUCUAACGGCGCAGUGGUCGUCGAUCUAAAAAGCUUUCAGCAGUUUUCGGUCGACCCUGACACCCAUAUCGCUACCAUUGGAGCCGGUACACUGCUUGGAGAUCUUCAAACCCGCCUUGAUCAUGGUGGAAGAGCAGUAGCGCACGGCACCUGCCCUCAGGUUGGAAUGGGUGGGCAUUUCACAAUUGGCGGUCUUGGUCCAAUGUCUCGAGAAUGGGGUAUGGCUCUCGAUCAUGUGGUCGAAGCGGAAGUUGUAUUGGCCAACUCAACUGUCAUUCGGGCAUCUGACUCCCAUAACCAGGAUGUCUUCUUUGCUAUCAAAGGCGCAGCGGCUGGCUUUGGAAUUGUGACUGAAUUCAAGCUGCGCACGCAUGAGGCACCCCGCGAGGCCGUCCAAUACUCAUUCACUUGGAACCUGGGCAACACGGCUGAAAAAUCAAAGCUCUUCAAAGACUGGCAACGAUUGAUAUCCAGCGAGAAUCUCUCCCGCAAGUUCGCAACCGAGCUUGUUAUCUCCGGCGCUGGGGUUCUCAUUUCCGGUACUUACUUUGGGCCUCGAGAAGACAAUUCCGCAAAUAUUGUGAGCUUGACUGAUUGGAUGGGCAUGGUCGGCAGCGGCGCAGAGACUCUUAUGGUAUCAGUUGUCGGCGGUAUUCCCGUCCCAUUCUAUGCCAAGUCCAUGUCAUUCACACCGGAAAACCUCAUACCAGACGACGGAGUCGAUGCCAUGUUUGAAUAUAUGGAUCGAACUGACAAGGGCACCUUGACCUGGUUCGUCAUUUUUGACCUGGAGGGCGGUGCCACUAACGAUGUCCCCACUAAUGCAACUGCUUAUGCUCACCGCGAGGCCAUCAUGUGGAUGCAGUCUUACGCCGUCAAUCUUUUUGGGCCCAUCUCCAAGACCACCAAGGAGUUCCUCAAUGGCUUAAAUGCCGUCAUCGCUUCAUAUCAUCCUGGAGCUGAUUUUGGAGCCUAUCCUGGAUAUGUCGACCCGUAUCUUGAUGAUCCGCAGAGGGCCUAUUGGGGCACGAAUCUGCCAAAGCUUCGGACUAUAAAGGCUGACAUUGAUCCCCAUGACGUUUUUCACAACCCCCAGAGUGUGCGAAGGCCUACUUGA